ACAAUCCCUACUUAGUUUGUAAUUCACUACUUUUCUAAAAUCUUAAAAGGGGCAACAUAACAUUUGUAAUCUAAGGAUUGGGUAGAGAAACAAGAUUGGAGUAAAUGAAGUUGGAUCUUCUGAAAAUGAAAGAAGCUGCUUUAAUUUAUCUUGACAGGAGUGGUGGUCUUCAGAAAUUUGUUAAUGACUGCAAAUUAUAUUGUAAUGAAUCUAGCCAAGCUUGUGCUGUUUUCCGGUUUCUUAUAUUGGUAAACCCAUCUGAUAUUACUGAGUUGGAUGCUACUCUUGGAAAUUAUAUUUUGCAUCAACCUGUGAAGGGUACUCAGAUUUUUCGAUCAGUAUGUUUUACUGCAGUUAAAACAUUGUCAUUAAUACAACAAAUAGAGACUGAAGCUCAGAUGAACAUAGUCCUGAAACUAACACAUUUACCUUCCUUACCCUGUUACGUUCUCAGUCUUUGCAAAUUUCCAUUUGAUUAUAAUACUCAGAGGUUUUAUGUGGCAGAGGGAAUAGUGAUUGCAAUGAGUAUCAUAACGAAGUAUACACAGGGAGCAAAAUUUAUUUGUUGUGAAGAGACAUGUCAGUUUUCUGAAGGGUUUCAGUAUAUAAGAGUACAUACUGCUGGAGCUACAGAAUCUGCAACACUAAGAAAUGAUUUUGUAUGCAGCUUAUGUAUGUCACCACUGAAAGAAGACAAGAAAUAUCGAGUACUUGGUGAUAAACAAAUGGUUGAAAUGAUUGACUCUAAAGCAGUGAGUGUGUUUCAGGGAUUUUCUGGAAGUAAAACACAUUUCAGAUUUCAAUCAUUUACAGUGUUUCUAAGAGAUGAAUUAUCCAAUGAAAUGAAAAUGGGAAAUCAAUAUAAAGUUAUAGGAAUUCCUGUCUGUAUGCAAAGCUGCUUACAAGCCACAAUUUGUCUUGAAGCUAACAGCAUAUAUCCUUAUAAUUCUACAGGGCCUUCUUGCAUCAGUGAAAAAUUUAAGUACCUGCUUUCUUUGACUUCAAAUUCAUGUUGGAAAUUUACAGCACUUCUGGCUGAUAGCUUUGCUUCAAACGUUCUUCCAUCUGGCAUUUAUAAUAUUCUGAAAUUGUCCAUAAUGUUGAGCUUAGUACAGACGAUUGAUGGAGAUGACAAAACAGCAGACUACUUAGAUCUUCUGGUAAUAACAAAUGAUUCUCUUAUACUGGAGAGAAUUAUGAAUUAUAGUAUAUGUCUUGUGCCUCGAGGCAUUCGGCACUUUCCAUCUGGUGAAGUUUUUCCAACUGUAUCAAAAGAUAAACAUGGGACUGGAAGUGCUAUUAUUCAGGCUGGUAGUGCUUUAAUGGCUAAAAAUGGAAUAUGCUUUAUUGGAGAGCUGACUUCAUAUAAGAAAGAGAAACUUGAACAACUACAAGCAGUACUAGAGAGCAGGACAAUUACUAAAUUCAUUCCAGGAAAGAAAUAUGGAGAAACUAGCGAUCAGCAAGUUAUUUUUCCAAUUCAAACAAGUUUCUGGUCAUUUAUUGAUGUGGAUUCAUCUUCAAAAAAGCAUAUACAACUGGAUAAUACUGUAAUUGGCCAGUUGGAUUUAAGCUUGAUUUCAGCUACUCUUAUAGAUGCAUUUGGACUUUUGAUAUACUGCAAUGAAGCAUCAUGUUGUCAGUCUCCAUUUCCUGUUACGAAUUUCAUUUUUAAAAAAUCUAUUGAUUCAGAAGAGAUUUAUACUACCACCCAACAGUUCCAAACCCAAGAUUAUGAGGAAUUUCUUGCUUUUUCAAAGAAUUUGCAUGUAGAAUUAUGUCCCGAAUCAGAAAGGUUAAUUCAUGGCUACUAUCUAGCAAGUCGAAGAGUCAGAACACAGCUCAUGAACGGACCUAAUCUCUCAGCAACUUCACUAAAAAUCUUGAUUUCGCUGUCUAAAGCGCAUGCUAAGCUGAGUCUAAGGACAAAAGUACUCGAACAAGAUGUUUUAAUUGCAGUGUUAUUAUUUGAAUCAUCUCUUACUUUAAAAUAUGGUGCGUCUGUAUUUUGUGUGGCUCCUAAUGCACUUUUUCCAUAUGAACUCAAUUCUGAGAACUCCCUGAAUCAAAGGGAUAUUUACUUGACGGAGUGCCACCAACAACUGAAACAAUUCAUUGCUACAUAUGGGCCUGUGACACAUGUUCUCAGCAGUGAGAUUUAACAAUACACAAUACUGAAUCCAAUUCUCAGGAAAAUUAAUUCAUUCGUCUAGCCUAUCUUUGCCCUUCCAAGUUAUGUUAUAGAAUACAUUAAUGCUGUAAUGGCUCAAUUAAUGCUGUAAUGCAGGGGUGUCAAACUCAAUUUCAUUGAGAGCUGCAUCAGUUUUGUGUUUGACUUCAGGGGGCCACGGUGGGCAUGGCCAGGGUGAGCAUUGCCAGCUCAACGUCACUCGUGUCAGGGGCACCUGUGGUGGCCCAAGCGCUUUGCCAGAGAAAACAGGCUCUCCUCCUGCAAACCUCUGCCAGCGUGUGGCCUUCCCGAGCACCAUUUUCGCUGGCAGAGGCACUGCAGGCCAGUCCUUCACUGUUUCCAGGGUGGCCCCACAGUCCAGAUCUAAGAACCCCGUGGGCUGGAUCAGGCCCCUGGGCCUUGAGUUUGACAACCCUGCUGUAAUGUUUCAAAUUUAACCUUUUUUUAAAAAAAAAGUCUUGCAUUUCAGCUAAAGCUAACAUUCUAUUCUUGCUGUACAGUAGUAGUUUUUUCCCCUAUAUCUUAUUAGAUUUUUCUUAUUUUGAAUGUUAUAACAAGCAUAGGAAAACAGAUACAUUUGUUUUAGUUGUCUCAUCAAAUUUUCUGUUACUGAAAUUGUAUUCAAAUUCUUCACAUAGGAUUUUACUCUCACCCCCAAAAAUUAAAAUCACGUUCUAUAAUAUAAAACAAGAAAUGAAAUUUAAUGGAAUUCAAAAAUAUACAGGCUGGUAUUCAAUCUCCCACAUAGUAUAAAUAAAUGACAGUUCAUUAGUAAAGACUUCAAUUUGAUUCAGUGCUAAGGCUUACAAUAACAUUAAAAACAGGUAUACAUACACAAAAGUCAACCAUGGUUGUGAGAUUGGAUUUUACAAAGAUGUAGGAAAAUAAUCUUUGUAUAACCAUGUUAUCUAUCAUGGCAAGUCUGCUUUCCUCGCCCAAUCUUCAUGCAGAAACAAGAAAACAAGCUAACUGAAAAAAAGUUACCCUUUCCCGGAAAUCUGAGAAAAAAAUAUGGUGAAAAAUAUCCUUAGGAAAAUGCUGAAGUGGUAAUUGUCCUAUAUAUGUUUUUAAUUUAGAAUUACAUCAACAUCAAACUAAAGUAUUUGUUUAAAAUUAAUUUCAUAUUGGAAAACGAUCACUCUUCCGUUUGUCUUGUCAUAUCCUGCAAAGAAAUAGGGAGAUUAGUAUAUCACAUUAAACAACAGCACAUUAAACAGCAGCAAAUGUUAUAUUAAGGUAAUAUAUUAAAUAAAAAAGGUUCAUUCAAAGCUGUCAUUUUUGUUUUCAAAUUAGAUAAAGCUAUUUUCAAAUUAGCAAAUGUUUAUAAUUUUCAGUAAGGAUCUCAAAUGACACAAAUGUUAAGUCUGAACAGCAGUUCAUGACUACUUGGGGAAAUAUGCCAAUUAAAUCACUUGGAAAGACAUUUUAAUAUACAGUAUUUAAAUAUUCUAAGUAAAUACUUUACAUGGUAUAAUUAAAGCUUUACUGGCACCUCAGAAUUGGAAAUACACAUCACACAUUCAGAUGGGUAAACGGCUAAAGGAAAUCAUCAUUGUGCCAGCGAUAAAAUAUAUUUCCCAUUAAUAAAAACAUGUAUUAAAAUAUUUUCCAUUUUAUCA